UCGAGUGUGUUUACUGUUCCCUCCGAGUGUAAAGUACCAACUAUUGGAUAUAAGCGAAUGACAGUGCACAUUUGCGGCUUUCGUUUUGUUCGCGGGACUUCUUUCGCUUAUCCUAUGACUUCGUGAAACGUCUUCGCUUGAAAUGUCAUCGAACAACCCUUAGCAGCUUGGUAAUUAGUAAGCUAGCGUAGCUAGGUCGCUAGCCUCACGGCUAACGUUACCAAAGUAAAUCAGGACUUUGUUUUUCUCGACGUGCGUCUGAACUGCGCUAUCUUUGAUUUAUUCAGUGACUCAGAUAUUAUUGACAAAGUAAGCUCCGCCAGCGGCCAGCCAGAAGAGGAUGAACUGGAUUUUUCCCUUGUCCAAGGGUUCCGGACCGCUUCCACCUCUCAACAGUUUACAGCAGCAGAGACAGCGACAGAUCGAGUCGCUCAAAGCUGCUCACUCGAAUAUUGCAGAGAUUCAGAAAGAUGUGGAAUACAGAAUACCUUUCACUGUCAACAACUCAACAAUCAGCGUCAAUGUGUUGCUUCCACCCCAGUUCCCCCAGGAGAAACCAGUGGUCAGUGUUUACCCACCAGUGGGGCAUCACUUAGUGGACAGUAAUAAUGGAACAAUGGUCACCAGCCCUCUUAUCACCAAUUUUGGGAUGCACUCAGAUUUAGGGAAAGUUGUUCAGAGCUUGCUGGAUGAGUUCUGGAAGAGCCCACCUGUCUUGAUGUCUGGUCCCACCAACUUUCCUUUCAUGUAUAAGGCUUCGGGAAUGGCCCCCUACCCUACACAGAGCUUCCACUUCCUUCCCUCGUUCCCGCCACAGGAUGGACAGAGGCCCAUUGGCCCCGCCCCUGUGCCACACCCAGGUACGGAGUCCCAGCAAGCCCCUCCCCGCCCCGCUGCACCUGCCUACGGCCUCAUCACAGACCUGCCCCUUCCUGUGCCCACCGCCGACUCGCAGACUGGACUGAAUGGACACAUGUACAAAAUGCCUGAAAUUCCAGAGACAUUUCCAGAACUUUCUGAUCUGAGUGUGCCCCAGUUAAAGGACAUGAAUGAACAGGAUAGCAUCCUGCUGGAUUUCUUUGUCUGUCUGCCUCAGCUGAAACAGGUGACCAGUGAUAAAGAAGAACUGGUCAACAGCAUCGUGGCCAUGGCCAAGAAAAACCUGCAGUUGGAACCCCAGCUGGAAGGGAAGAGACAGGAAAUGCUACUGAAAUAUGACCAGUUGACCCAGAUGAAGUCAUCGUUUGAGUCAAAGAUGCAGAGACAGCAUGAACUCAGUGAGAGCUGUAGCCUGAGUGCCCUGCAGGCCAGGCUCAAAGUGGCAGCCCACCAGGCAGAGGAGGAGUCCGAGGAGACCGCCGAAAACUUCCUGGAGGGCAAGACGGAGAUCGACGACUUCCUCGCCAGCUUCAUGGAAAAGAGAACGCUGUGUCACUGCAGACGAGCCAAAGAGGAGAAGCUGCAGCAGGCCAUCAUCGCCCACGGACAGUUCCCCACCACCCAUUAACAUCACACGUCACCGUGCCGAUUCCUCUCACAGAAAGGUUUGGAGCUGAUCCACCAGCAGAAGAGAAGCACAGAGCGACUGUUGAUAGAGGAAAAGGAGCGAAGGUGUCGUGUUUAGUAACUGUUCCCAGAACAGUCAGACUUCAGAGCUCAUAUCAGUCCACAGUUUCUUACAGUAAUGCGUGAUGGAGACACAUCUCCUAUGUACUUGAAUUCAAAUUUGACAAAUGUUAAUGCUGACAGAAAGCAAAACCUUCGACUUAAUACUGUAUUUAAUAAUGUUGAUAGUAGGCUUUAUUAUAAUCCCACACAGUGUAUCAUAUCUUAUUUAAUUUGUUAGGGUUAAUAAAACAUUUAGAAUAAA